CCAAGUGCUCCGAGGCAGUUUGAGAAGAGCCCGUGUCGGGAAAAACUGCGUCCAAUCCCGGAGAACUCAGAAGGGGCGAGCCAAGAUGAGUUGGGGAACGGAGCUCUGGCUGUAUCCUUCCAGCUGUUUGGCAGAUGAUUACAUGCAGUAACAGGCUCAACCUCGAUGUGCCGCUGACUAAAAUGGGUCAACAUGUGUCAUCCGACCCUUCCUGAUCAGGCCUCAAGGACCAGUUCGAAAAUCUAGACAAACACACUCAGUGGGGAAUCGACUUCCUGGAGCGUUAUGCAAAGUUUGUCAAGGAAAGGUUGGACAUCGAGCAAAAUUAUGCCAAGCAACUACGGAACUUAGUAAAAAAAUACUGUCCAAAACGCUCCAAAGAUGAUGAACCGAGGUUUACAUCAUGUCUGUCGUUUUAUGGCAUACUGAAUGAACUCAACGACUACGCUGGUCAGAGAGAGGUGGUAGCAGAGGAGAUGGGCCAUAAGGUUUAUGGAGCACUGAUGAAGUACAGUCAGGACCUCAAAGCUGAAAGGAAACAUCAUCUGCAGGAGGGCAGGAAGGCCCAGCAGUAUUUGGAUCAUUGCUGGAAACAGAUGGACAAUAGUAAAAAGAAGUUUGAGAGAGAAUGUAAGGAAGCAGAGAAAUCCCAGGUGACCUACGAGCGGUUAGACAACGACAUCAAUGCCACAAAAUCAGAAGUUGAGAAGGCCAAAGCCCAGUUCUACCUGCGGACUCACAUGGCUGAUGAGAGUAAAAACGAAUACGCUGCCCAGCUACAGAACUUCAAUGCGGAGCAGUGGAAACAUUUCAACAACACCAUACCACACAUCUUUAAGAAUCUGCAAGAUAUGGAUCAGCGUCGGACAGUGAAGCUCGGGGAGACGUACCGAAGCUUUGCCGAAGCAGAAAGAAGGGUCAUUCCUAUUAUUUCAAAGUGUUUGGAAGGAAUGGUUUCAGCUGCAAAAGCUGUUGAUGAAAGAAAGGAUUCAACCAUUGUUGUGGAGUCAUUUAAGUCUGGCUUUGACCCUCCAGGCGACUUCCCUUUCGAAGACUUCAGUCAGAAUCUAAGUCGAACAGGGUCAGAUGGGACCAUCACCAAUACACCCAAAGGCGACAGAGAUGGGGCCCCGGGACCACGACCAGACCCAAAACACACAAUGAGCAAAACCAAGAACAAACUCUGGCUCUUUGGAAAGAAACCAAAGUCCCCAACUUCCUCUCCUCCUCCCCCACCUUCCUCCUCCUCCCGCCCACGAUCCUCCCAAUUUUUCCCUCCAAACCGGUUCAGCUCUGACAGAGUGAACCACUAUCUUUCUGAGAUAAAGACAACAGUACCCAGAAUCCCCCAGAACUUGAAGGGCCUGAGAAGAGGGUGGUCUGUCAAGAUGGCCCCAUCAGUGGAGGACUUCAGCCACUUACCGCCUGAGCAGAGGAGAAAGAGGUUGCAGCAGAGAAUUGAUGAACUCAAUAAGGAACUCCAGAAAGAGAUGGAUCAGAGAGAUGCCCUGAACAAAAUGAAGGAUGUGUAUGAGAAAACUCCUCAGAUGGGCGACCCUAGCAGCCUGCAGCCCAAGAUAUCGGAGACUAUAUGCAACAUGGAAAAGCUCCGUUCUGAAAUCCACAAACAUGAGACUUGGUUAUCUGAGGUGGAGGGAAAGCAGAGCUCCAGAGAGAGGAGACACAGUGCUGACAACCACCAUCAUACUCCUCAAGGCAGAGAGAGUCCUGAAGGCAGUUAUACAGAAGACACCAGUCAGGAGCAUCACACACCUCACUAUCACUCCAGUCCCCCUCAGCCCGGACACCCCAGUGCUGACCCCCAUGAGUUUGAUGAUGAAUUUGAUGAUGAUGACCCACUGCCUGUUAUCGGACACUGCAAAGCUUUGUACAGUUUUGACGGUCAGAAUGAGGGAACGUUAGUCAUGGCAGAAGACGAGGUCUUGUAUAUCAUUGAGGAGGAUAAAGGUGACGGCUGGACGAGGGCCAGGAAGCAGAGUGGGGAGGAAGGUUACGUCCCCACCACCUAUGUAGAAAUCACCAUGGAGAAGAACUGCAAAGGUGCUGUCACCUAUAUCUGAACCUCCAUUUAUCCUCUGUCCUAUGAACCAUCUCCUUUUCAUUCUCACCAAACCUGCACUUUGUUCCUCAAGAUAAGAUGACAAAGAAGAAAGACAGAAAGUGUCGGAGCAUCCACAUGGACACAAUCAUGUAUUUUGCUAUUUUGUGUUUCUUCCCAUCGCUUGUCCUUCCUUCUGUUUGUUGCGCUAACCCUCUACUCACUCAUCCCCCCCCUGUCACGUCUAUGGAACUGAUGCUACUGUGGUGAGUGUUUCUGAGUGAUGUGCAUCUUGUUUUUAAGGCAUUUCUAUAUGUGCCUGAGCCACUGUACAUUGCUUCUUACUUAUCACAAAGUGUUAAAGAUUUUUUAUAUAAUAUAUUAGAAACAAUCUUUUUCUAGUUUUCAAUGACUUCCUUGAUUUCGUUUUUUAACUGCAAAUGUUUGAUUAUAUGCUGUCUGAAUUCACUUGUUCACAUCAUUUGAAGUGUCUUUCUGAUGUGUGUGAUCCAUGCGCAUUUUAGUAUUUGCUUCACACGUUUCUUUUUUUCUGUGCUGUCACAGACUAAGUUUUCUUAUUCUAUACUUGCAACAUCAUAGCAAUUCAUUUAAAGAGGGUCUUUAGCUCCGAUGAACUAUUGUAAGUUUUAGAGUUUUUUUAGUUUCGCCAAAACAAAAAAGCCACAUAUAAAAGUACAUCGUAUGAGCAAAUAUCCAAAAUUGUUUAUUCAACUUUUUAAAGGAAAACUGCACUUUUUUUUUUUUACUUUUGCCCAUCAUCCACAAUCCUUAUGUUAGAUGUCUUUCUCUUUUCUGUGCGUUCUAAACAUAUAAAACAGCUAAAAAGACGCAGCUAAGCUCGUAAAGGUAAACACUUAUUCCACCUAUAAAGCCUUCUGAAAGAAACUCCAAAAAGCGCCAACAACGCCCCAUUUACAUAUAAUGUGACAUUCAUAUUAACCAAGCUACAGCGACAUUGCUAUUAUUAUUAUUAUUAUUAUCAACAUUGUUAUGCCGAUCGAAUCACGUUAUUGGUGCAUUGACACCUUGCCACACCACACCGGCUAGCUACUAGCCGGCUAUCGACAAGCUUCACCACACACUCGCCUGCAGCGCGUCAGCGCCUCAGGGCACGACCAAAAAGGUAACGCUACAUAUUGGGGCCGCCGCUACUUCUGCUGCUGUGUUUGUUUUUGAGUUUGGAAAAGUUAACUCUCGGUGUAGGCGUUCAUUUCUAUGUUGCUAUGUGAAAUCAAUGCGCUCAGGAAGGAAGUUCCGGUAAUGUUUAAAAGGACCAGAAUAAUAAGUAUUACAUGUUAUCAUGAAUGUACAUGUCACUACAUGGUCACAGCAUGUAUAUAUAAAACCAUAAAACCUUGUUGGAAGUUUUUGGAGGUCUUUUAAUAGCGGUCUUUGUAGGGCAUAGAUAUAUCCCAUCACGUGCAGUAAUGAGCUGUCUCUUCUGUUUUUAUAUCUUUAGAACACACAGAAAAGAGAGACGCGUGUGUUCAUGUCUCAAGGAUUGUGGAUGAUGGGCAAGAUUCCAAAAAAGUAGAGUUUUUGUUUAAGUUCCCAUCUGUAAUAUGUAGUAGCGAAUUUCAACGUAAUAGUUACAAUAGCUACCAAUUCUACAUGACAAAUAAAUCAAAAUUGCAUUGUGUGCUGUGCAUGGUUGUAAUCCAUGCAGACAUAGAAUGCCGAACUAUUACUCCUGGUGGGAUAAUGUACACAGUGGAACCUCAGAUAGUAUCAUUAAUUCAUUCCAGAGAGUCAAGUCAGACUAAAACCAAAAUCUCGUCUAACCGAAUCGUUUCCCCAUAAAAAAUAAUGUAAGGCUACAUUCACACUGCAGGUCAAUUCAAUUUUUUUCCCCUCAUAUGUGACCUGUGUCUGAUUUUUAUCAUGUCAGUGUGAACAGUACAGUUCAAAUUUUUUCGAAUGCGACUCAGGCCUUGUUCGCAUGUAGCUAUAAAUCCGAUAUGUAUCCGAUCUACUGCAGUCUGAACUGUUAGGUCACAUAUAUCCGACCUAUAUGUCGUCGAAAGGCGUGUUUUGCCGUAGGAGACUUCAAUAAAGGUACUCACAUAUGUAGGCAAAUGUGUGUCAGCGAAGGGGCUCAUGUCACCCACCAUUUCUGGCUCCAACAUCCACCCACACUCCUCAGAACAGAAGUCGCAGCAAGUUCUCCACGAACAGCCAUAACCAAAAGUUUUGCCCUCUUCCUCCUUAAUCUCCUGUGUGGAAUCAUUUAGUUAAGAAAUUGUUGAUUCCCAUUGCUCAAAAUCUUUAAAACUGCCAGAAACAUGCCAAGGAGAGCACAAACUGGGGCAAUAUUUACUUCCAGCACACGGCAAUGUAUGUCACAUCAUGUUUUGCACAUGCGUGUCACUUCCCGGACGCAUCGCGUUCACAUUUACAGGUCGCAGUAUUUUUUUUUGGUAAUGUGAACAGCCACAUACAAAAUUUGAUUUAUUUUCAAAGCCGAAUUGGGCAUAAUACACCGCACUUGCAACUUUUUUUUGGCUUCAUUGUGCGUUAUUUUACAGCCACAAUCAAUAAGAAAAGCAGAGACUGAGCUGGGGUAAUUGGGGGGGCGGGGAGCACAACAAGACAACUGCUAUAUUAUGAUUGGGCACAUUUUUGAUGUAAACUGAAAAAUAUGCCAACCGAGGUUCCACUGGAUAAGAUGCACCCUUAAAGUCUGAAGUGAAAUAUUUCUGUUUUAGAAAAACAGUUACUAAAAUUAGAAAUUACAAUUUCUUACAGCAGGGGUGUUCAUGGUGUGAGGUGGGCCUCCCCUGGGAUGCACCAGAAGAUAUGUGUAGCGCUUUUAAAAACAACGUUUACAUGAUAUUUAUCUUAGCCAGCACGUUGUAGCACAAAUAAGGGUGCAGCACCAGAUUAACAAACAUGAAUAUACGUAGCUAAGGGUAUUGUCAAUGAAUGCAGGUUGUACUAAGACACUACAUUUUCUUUUCUUUCAAGAUUGUGUUUGUUCCUUUUGAUUUUGUUCAGAUUCAGACGCAAUCUUACACAUGUGUUUGUGUGUCUUGGUGUGGUUGUGUCGUGUUAACUUGGUCUCUCUUCUAUAUGACUGUGCAGGUUCCUGAGGGCUGCAGGGUGGCCAGGCGAUUUGAUUUGGCUGGUGGAGGGCUCUCGCUGAUUGCUGAAUUUUGGUGGUGGGGGUGAGCACGAGAGAGACAAAAAGGAGAGAGGUAGAGAGGGAAAGAGAAGAGCUAAAAGUUUGCAUGUCUGCAUGCUCACACAUCCAUAACGACUGCAGCAUUGUGGCUUUCUAAAGAUAAAAGGCUGGUAGAUCGAAGUAGUCGACAUUAGUGUUUUAAGUGGUACACUGUAGAGGUCCUAUCUGAUACCACAGGACUUCUAAAUAGCUGAUUUAAAAACAAAAACAGGCUACUGACUUUGCGUAGUAUCCUAUGAUUGGCAAGUAGUGGAAGUUUUUCAGCUAUAAACUCAUCAAAGCAAGCAGGAAGAUGCCGUUUUCAUGCUCUGUUUUUGUGAUGUAGCUAUUCUAUACUUGAGUUGUAUGCAAAAGUCCAGUAAAUCUUGACUACACUAAUUCUCAGGCCUAGAGUAUGCAGGGCAUCAGUUGCAGGGAGAAUUCAACAAUGCAUUUUUACACAAGACUCUAAUGUUAUUUUUUUAGAAUUAAUAUAAAUCUUGUUUUCUAGUGAAACGUUUCCCCCAUUCUGGAAAUGAGGAAAUAAUCUAUUGCAAUCUUAGUAAAGAUUAGGGUAUUUGCUGCUACUAACAGUAUCAGUGUCGUGCCAUUGAACUCAUCCCUUUUAUGGUCAUCUGUGCUCUGUUGGUGAUGCCUGCCUGCCUGCCUGCCUGAGCCACUCUGCUCCUCACGCCUGCCUCCGGGUGUCAUCCACUUUAAACCGCAUGCCUUUAACAUACCAUAAAUGUCUCCCACAUCUUAUCUGAUGUUCCGUUCAACUUUUGCGUGCAACUUAGUGCUACGAUUGUGUUUCCAGCAUGAGUUGUGUGUACCAUCUCCCAUCAUUUAGGUGAAAUCAGAGCUUCUCCUCAGGUAGCAGGACUAUCUACCCCCCCCUCUAUCUUUUUCUCUCCUCCUCUCUUUUGUGGCAACUCCACCCUCUCACCAGCAGACGGCAGACUUUCUUUACCAAACAGCAAGAAAGAGGAUCUCCGUGUCUUUCCCAGCAGACUCUGCCCUAAAAGCUGCUGCUGUUCUUCCAGACAUUUCAGUGUGUCUCGUCUGCUUGACUACGUCUCCCAUCAGCCCUCAACAGCUACAGCAUCUUCAUAGCCGUCCCCCCUGCCCCAUUUAAUCAAUUAUGUCUCUGAAUGUGAUGACACAGGCACCCAUAUAGCGAUGAAGGCCGAACAGCAGUUUAGUUUUAAUUUACCAGACACGUGUGUACAUGCUCCCCUGGUACGUGCUUGAUAUUUUUUAAUCAUUGAAUGAUUUGUAUAUAAUAACACCUUUUUAAUAUGUUGAAUGUGUUUCCGUGGUGAUUGUGUUUAGCCGUGUUUGUUUGACACUCUUCAGGAGACAAUGUUUGAAUGAAGCCAAUGCACUUUGCCCUGAAGUACUACAGCGUUUCUGCUCAAAUGAAAGAAUGAUGAAAUGAAAGGGUGUCUUUUUUUUUUUUUUUUUUUCUGUGUGGCCCGACCAGUAAAAGCUCUGGUGGUUUUAUAUCUCCCUAGAUCAGGAGUGUCCAAAGUACGCCCUGGGGGACAUUUGCGGCAUGCGGCUGUUUUUUUGUUGUUGUUUUUGGCACAGUAAUUUUACAAGAAUGAAGUCAAAAUAUUAAAAGAAAAAAAGUUGUACUCUAACGAGAAAAAAAUCUUAAUUUUACAAAAAUAAUGUCAUUUUAUUAACAUAAAGUUGGAAUAUUAAAGAAAACAAAUACUUUUUUACAGUCGUAACAUUAUGAGAAACAAAAUGUCAUUUUUAUAAAAUCAGGUUGUGGAAAAAGUUUAAAUAUGCAAAUAAAGCCAUAUUACGACAGCCCAUGCAUCUUUUCAGUUUUCAGUAUGUGGCCCUCGGUGGAAAACCUCUGGACACCCCUGCACUAGAUGAUUUUUAUACUCCUUUUGUAAUAACUGUCAAACAAUGUUUUGCAUGGUUUUUCUCUAUAGUUUGAAGCAAUUCCUCUGGUGUUUUACAACCACGUAUGUGUGUGUUCAGUCAGCUAAAGCAUUUACACACCUAUUGAUCUUUACUCUGAAUCAAACUAACCCCAUGUCUCCCAAGGUAAUUGAAAUAAGAUGUGAGCACGCCUUAAAUCUUUUUUUGUGUGUAUUCUUAUGAAACUGUGAAAUGUGCAGAAUGAUGCUGUAGAUGCUACUUAAACACCCCUCAGCCCACUAGUCUAUAUACCCAUGACCUUUUAAUGCUAUGUUUGCUAAUUAAGCGCAAGUCUGUGUUUUUGUUUUUUUUAACUAAAUAGAAUAUUAAAACAUUAAAAACUGAGACAAAAGGGCCUCAUACCUCUGAGAAAGUAAAUCCACACAGGGGUAUCCUUAUUAUUGCUCACUUCUUUUUAGAAUAAUGGUACAGACUGGUCUGUUUCAAUGGUUUCUGAUCAUGCCUUUCACACACAUCAAGUGUUUUUUCUUUGUAUUUGUACAUGAACUACUACUUUAUCCAUUUUAUGAAAAACUCAAGAUGAAAUUGCUUUUCAGUGGUGACAUAACUUGUCUUCCAAGUGUGACUUUUGAGGCACAAGUAGAAAUACUCCAAAGAUGAACACAUUAACAUCAAUAAUACAGCACAGCCAAGUUAAGGAAGUAGAAUAAAGAAUGUUAGAUGGAAGUAAUAAUCCACUCAUGGUAGAAGUUUUUUUUUUUUUAGUGAUAACGUAAAACUGAAACUUCACCUUCUCUUUGUAGAUAAACACUUGAUAAAGGCAUUUCAUACUGAUCCUAUCUAGUAAUCCCUAUACAUAUAAGUGCACACAGUAUAUAUGAAAAGUACAUACUGUGAAGUUUGGAUUCAAAUGCAAAACUGAAUUUAAGCAGAUCUGAUCUGAUGUGAAUUACUGCUAUGAGGUGCAGUAAAAACACAAAUGGUGUUCUUGGCAUUGCUCUUAUUUCAAAUCUGUUCUGAUCCAGUUUGUCCUGCAGACUUUACACACGUACACAUGUACAUAUGUUGUUCUCUUCAACUGUUGUUGGAAAAACACAAAAAGUCAACUCCCAGUACAACCUAUCAGUAAAUAAAAAAAAAACAAAACAUACAAGUAGGUUGAGUCCAACGUGUCUUUGCAGGUUCUCAUGUGUUUUAUAACAUCUUGUAUUUGUUGUAAUAACCAAUGGCAGUACUUUCCCUCCCAUAUACACUUAUGCACACUUUUUUAUACUUUGAAUGUUGUCACACUUUGUGGACUAAAUGCCUUUUUUCAUCUACUAAAAUAUUGAUGAAAUAAAGUGAGCAAUGAACAAUGAAAACAUUUGUUUUUACUGGAUGCUAGAAAAUAAGCUACAAUAAUUUACACAUUUUAUUUCUGUAUUAUGAUGUGUGCUGUUGACCUCUUGGCUGGGUCACCCUUGUUAAUAGAUCUUUAUCGCAGUUAGAUUUGUCUGGUUAAAUAAAGGUUAAAUAAAUUAUUUAGGGAAAAAAAUACACUGCGUACUUAGUUUUGACAGUGUAAUCGUUCGGUAUUGACAAAAUGACUAAUUGUACCAGAAGCUGAAUGUUAUAAUAUUUCGAGGAAAAUGUCCGCAUAUACCCGAUUUUACGUUGCUACAGUAAACUACAGACUUACAUUGAUCUUUAUGAGAAGCCGGGUAGCGUUCUGCUGUAGUUUUAUCGUGUUUCUUGUGUUCUUCUUUUAGCAACACGGUUCGUGACGUCAUUUCCUGUUAAACACUCUUUUCUGUAGUCUCUGUUUGUUACGAGUGAUGGACACAUCUUCCUCCGUGUGCGUUCAUGACUAACAUGUAAGUUUCUUGUCCAGUACAGAACUGUUACUUCAUAGAUUCCUACCAAUGUGUGCUAAGUGCUUCCUUGGUUUACAUCACUUACAGUAACUUACUUUAAUUGAAGUGUUUGUAAAAUGUUCUGGCAUAAGUUGAAUUACAUGCUAGACUCCCAUUACGGGUUGGUCACGCAUUCAUGGCGUUAAUGUAAUUACUUAGUUUUACCGCUAGAGGACUCCACAGACCACAAUCGUUUCAAAGCACUCUGAGCAAAUGCAGUGUAUUGUGUUGUAUUGUCCUCCAACUGCACAGUUCAUCAUUGGUAUUGUAUACCCUAUAUUAAAAUGUUUAUAUUGCAUACUAAUUGAAUGUAUACAUUUAUUAAUAGUAUGCCGAUUGCGCAGUGACACGUAAUAAGUGCAAGUACGCAAUUACACGAAUUGAGGCGAUGUGACGUCUGAGCUUGGAUUUGAAUGAAGCCAUUACAAGAUAUUUAGUGCUGACUUUCCAACACCCCCAGCCCCCGUCAGGUUUUAAGCCAUAAAUAUGCCUCAAACACUUAUUAUACCCAUUUAAAUUACAAAAUGUAUAUUGGAGUGGAAUUGGAGUAACAAUGUAGCCAGCCACCACACACUACAGUGGUGCAUUCAAGGACGGCCGA